UCGGAGCAACGCAGCCUUUACGCAGAGUAUAUCAUGCAGGCUCCCGCCCUCUCCCUUCCCUUUUCCGCUACAGGAAGUUAACGUGCCUAAGGUGCUCGGUUCUUCACCAGAAGCUAAGGCCCUCAAUCCGGCGACUAGCACCGUCAAAUUUAGGCAUCCACCGCGAGAAAUAUAAAAUCUAACAUCUACAAUGGCCUCCGUGUCUGAGCUCGCCUGCAUUUACUCUGCUCUGAUUCUCCACGACGAUGAAGUCACCGUCACCGAGGACAAGCUGAAUGCUCUGAUCAAGGCUGCUGGAGUCACUGUGGAGCCCUUCUGGCCAAGUCUGUUUGCCAAGGCUCUGUCCAGCAUUGACAUCGGCAGCCUGAUCUGCAAUGUCGGAGCCGGAGGCGGAGCUCCAGCAGCCGCUGUUGCUGGAGGAGCUGCCCCUGCUGGUGACGCCCCAGCUAAGGAGGAGGAGAAGAAAGAGGAGAAGAAGGAAGAGUCCGAGGAGUCCGAUGAUGACAUGGGCUUUGGUCUCUUUGAUUAAACUAUUUUUUUUUUGUAAUUAAACACAAAAUUACAAACAACUG